AUGGCGGCUGCUCAGCAACCCCUCUACUCCCUCAUCAUCGCCAUCCACUCCCCCCUCGACUCUGAGCAAUACCACCACACCAUCAAAGACGACUGGCGACUCGGCGACAUCUCUGUCGACUGGAUAGAUUUCACUCGCGAGAAGAGCAUCGACAAGCGCGAAAUGUCUCGCGGGUCAGCCAAAGACGAUCGUCGGGUGGGAGAUGCUGCUAGGUCAGCCCAGGGUGGGAGGGCCGUACCGGGUUCGUCGACAAAGACUACAGGGACCAAGAAAUCACGCUCUUCGCCACCUCAGGCCCAUCCAUCUCAGUCAUCAGAGACCGACGCGCUGUCUCUCCAGCCCCUCCUUGCCCAUUUCCCCUCACCCUCUCCACUAUCAGCUUCUUACGCAGAAGGGAUAUCGUCCCUCGGUACCGGCGUGGUCCACCUAUUCCGACAUGCUCCGCCCUCCAGCCUCCUCGCGUCUAUAGACGCUCAUCCAUUCGGCUCUUCUUCCAAAUCAAACUCGUUCUCAGGAAAAGGGUCCACAAAAGAUUCGGCCUGUAGUAAAGAGAACUGGGAUGGGGAGAGUGCUGAAGGAGGGGAUGGGAGCUUGGUGGCGAUUCUGGCAGUACCAGCAUGGAUGCGGCCCGCCGACUUUUUGGAGUUUAUCGGAGGAUGGGGCAACUGCCUCGAAGGUGUCCGAAUGAUCAGGGAAGCAGCCACCCCGAACAGGUCCAUCGUCCUCCUCAAAUUCCGCGACCCCCUCCAAGCGCGCGACUUUAUGGUCAUCUUCACCGGCCGAGCCUUCUCCACCCUCGACUCUCGCGAGACAUGCCACCCUAUCCGCAUACACCAUCUCGUCCUCCACAAACUCGAUCCCCCCACAGCCGCCUCUACUCCCAUUCCGGCGUUUCCACCUUCUGGUGUUUCAGCAGAAGGCCGGUUUGAGCUACCGUCUUGUCCCGUGUGUUUGGAGAGGCUGGAUUCGAACGUAACGGCUCUUGUAACACUUCCCUGUGCGCACACGUUUGAUUGCGACUGUCUCCGAAAAUGGGGCGACUCGCGCUGUCCCGUCUGCCGCGUAUCCCACCUCCUCCUCUCUUCCUCCUCCGCCACCCCAGCCCACCCAGUGCACCCCGACCGCGAGAGAGAUAUCACAAGGCUGACUGAAUGCAACCUCUGCGGGUCGACGGAUAACAAUUGGAUAUGUGUCGUCUGCGGCACGGUGGGCUGUGGGCGGUAUGAACCGGGGAAGGGACAUGCGAGACGGCAUUGGGAAGAGAGUGGGCAUGUGUUGGCUAUGGAGUUGGAGACGCAGAGGGUUUGGGAUUACAAAGGUGACAAUUAUGUUCAUCGAUUGAUACAAACCAAGAAUGACGGUAAACUCGUCGAACUCCCCUCGGCCUCAUCCCUCAUCACCCCUUCCGUCUCCCGGCCCCUUUCUCUAGGCCCGGACCAUCACCAGUCUACGACCCCACAAUCCCAAUCCCAAUCGUCCCCCGCUCAAGACGCUCCCUCCUCCCAUGCAGGGCCGUCAAGCAACGAUAUAGACAAAAUCUCUUCUAUCGAAUCCAUCACCCUCGAAUACUCUUACCUCCUCUCCUCCCAGCUCGAAAGUAUGCGACAGCACUACGAAGGGCAGCAGUCGACUCUCCUCUCGCGUUUGACGGCUCUCGAACAAAAAAGCGAUGCUUGGGAUGAGAGGAUGCAAAAGCUAGAGAGGGAGAAGGAGAAGGAGAGGAAAGAAGCGGAAAGGUGGAAGGGCAAGGUGGAUGGUGUGAGGGGUCUUGUGGGGGGACUGCAGACGGCGCUGGGGGCUGAAAAGGCCAUGAGCCAUGGGUUGUCGGAGCGUAUCAAAGCGUUGGAGAAGGAGAGGGAUGAGGCGGUCAAGAAGGGGGCGGAUAAGGAGGACGAGGUGAAGGGGUUGGAAGAGACGGUGAGGGAUUUGAUGUUCAGCUUGGAGGCAGGGUUGAAGAUGCAACAGCUGGGUGGGGAGGGAGGAGAGGGUGGGGAUUUGAUAGUGCAGCCUGGUAAAGAGACAAAACCCAAGAAGAGGGGCAAGAAUUGA